AUGAGCGUGUUUAUGGAAAAAGCGGUGAAAGAAGCUUGCAUCGGCGUUAGUUCUGGAGAUGGUGGCCCGUUUGGAGCUGCUAUUGUUCGAAAUGGAGAAAUUAUUGCAACAGGACACAAUAUGGUGCUUGUAAGUAACGACCCAACAGCUCAUGCGGAAGUAACAGCAAUUCGAAAUGCUUGUGCGAAGUUGAAAAAUUAUGAUCUUAGCGACUGCGAGCUGUACACAUCCUGUUAUCCGUGCCCGAUGUGCAUGGGAGCUGCUCUGUGGUCACGAGUAAAAUGCAUCUAUUAUGGCGCAACUCCGCAGGAGGUUGAUGGCUUAAAAAAGAAUUGAUG